AUGUCUUUGAUAUAUAAAGCUUUGCAAUAUCGUACGUUCUCAGUGGACUGUGAUGAGCAUAAGCCUCUUUGCACCAAAUUCGGUGUUGUUAGUUAUCCAACCAUCAAAUGGUUCCCCAAAGGGUCUUUGGAACCCAUAGAAUAUGAAGGUGCCCGCUCUGCUGAUGAACUUGCAGAGUAUAUAAAUACUCAAGCAGGGACAGCUGUCAAGCUAGGUCCAAUUUUAACAAAUGUGGCAAUACUAAAUUCAGAAAACUUUGACGAUAUCGUUUUGGAUAAAACUAAAAAUGUUUUGGUUGAGUUCUAUGCACCCUGGUGUCAUCAUUGCAAUGACCUUGUUCCUAUCUAUGAAAGUCUUGCAACCGCAUUUAAAAAUGAGGACGAAGUAGUCAUUGCAAAUAUUGACGCUGACAAUUACAAAGAUCUUGGAGAGAGGUAUUCUGUACAUGGUUAUCCGACUAUAAAAUUCUUCUCAAAGAAUGACAAAGCUGGUGAAGAAUAUGAAGGAGGGCUGGAUUUAGAUAGUCUUGUGACCUUCAUAAAUGACAAGUGUGGUACUAGCCGUGAUGGGAAAGGACGACUUACCUCCUCAGCUGGAAUAGUUAAGAUUUUGGAUAACUUGGUGAAGGAGUUCAUGAACGCUGGUGAUGAUGAUAAGAAACAGGUAUUCACCAAGAUUGAGGAGGAAGCUGGAAAUCUCGAUGGUCCUAUGGCAAGAUAUGGGAAAAUCUACAUUAAAGUUGCCCACAGUUGUAUGGCUAAAGGUGUCGACUAUGCAAAGAAUGAAACCCAACGUAUAGAACGUAUACUUUCCAAGUCGAUUAGCCCAUUUAAGGCAGAUGAAUUCACGCUGAAGAAGAAUAUACUAUCUGCAUUUGCUUGAUAAGAAACACAGAUGAGUAAGGCUCCAAAAGUUUGAGUUACAGCUAUGCAACAUAAGUAGGAAGGGGGUCAUUCCAGUGGUAAGUUAGAUCGGUUUUACUACAGAGAGCUACCUCAGCUCACGAGGUGUUUUUGUGUUUGCAAGUCCUCUGCCUAGAGCAGGGAGUUUUGAGGGAAGAACAUUAGUUGAUUAGAAUAAAUAAGUGAUAGGCAUGUCAUAGUAGACUUGUAUGGUUUAUUGUAGCAUGUUACAAGAUCUACAUGAAAUGACACAUGCAAAACUAUA